CUUCUUCGGGGAAAUUAUUGUUAGAUUGCAAAGAUUUGCUUUUUAAAGUAACUCCCUGAAAAUGUCAUAUUUAAGUGGACAUGCGAGCACUGAGGCGUCCGUUAGCCUUUCUCCUGACAGCAUGAACUCCCAUGAACCACCGACCGAAAGCAUCAUGCGGCCUCGGGUGAUGGGUUUCAUCCUCAGCAUCGCUUCUGGCCUCAUCAUCUCCACCAACCUGCUGGUGGCCGCCGCUCUCCUGAAGCUGCUCCUGAAGAAGAGGAGCCAGAGCUGGGUCUUCGUCCUCAAUUUAGCACUAGCCGACGCCCUGGUGGGAGUGGCCAUCACCGGCCUCGCCACCGAGGACUUCAACGGCAACAGCGUCACUUCUGAUCCUCCAACAAACUCAGAGCCUCCAGCCAGAGCUCAGGGAAAGAUCAGGUGUUUGAUGCGGAUGGCCUUCGUGACGUCGCCCUGCACAGCAUCCAUCAUGUCCAUGUUCCUCAUCUCGCUGGAUCGCUACGCAGCCAUCAAGAUGCCCCUGAGGUACUCCCAGCUGGCGGGGAAGGGGACAGCGGUCGGGUCCCUGCUGGCUGUCUGGAUCAGCUCCCUCACCCUGGGGUUCUUGCCAGUGAUGGUGCGGCAGCUCCAGACGAAGGAUUACGGCGGCUUCUGUGCCUUUUUCUCUGUCAUUAACCACAUGGGCAUAAUCAUGUUGUUCAGCGCGUGCUUCUUCCCCGUGCUCUCUGUAUUCGUUUACAUCUACCUGGACAUCCUGAAGAUCGCCUGCAGCCACCAGAAGCAGAUCUGCCAAGUUAGGCAGGCCGGUUCGAGGACGGGUGACCGCCAAGAUUACGAGAACCAUCCCCACCAGCCACACCAGCAGCUGAGGAGCCACUACUGGAGCCACGUCAAGGCCCUGAGGACAGUGGGGGUGUUGGUGGGCUGCUUCUUGGUCCUCUGGUGCCCCUUCUUUGUGGCGUGCAUCGUGCAUCUUCUGUGUGAAAGCUGCCAACUCAAAGGUGUCUUAGAGAAUUAUUUGUGGUUGUUGGGACUGUCGAACUCUCUGAUCAACCCCCUGGUGUACGCCUUCUGGCAAAGGGAGGUGCGACUGCAGUUAGCCUCCUUGUGUUCCUGCUUUAGGGCGUUGGCUGCUAGGCCUCCAUGUUUCACAGAGAGAUGUGACCCCCAGCCUCCUGUGCUGAAUCAAGCUGGUGCUCCUGCAGGAGAAAACCUCAACCCGUCGUUGUUGCGGGCGAUUUCAGUCAACGACAAGGCUCAAACUGUGCCACUAUCUGCCUCCACCGGAUUGUGAAAGGAACCAGUGAAAAGGUGGCAACAAAAACAUGGCUAGACAGAUAGUCAUUGUUAAUUUCAGAUAAUGGAAACUAUUGAUGUGUUUCAAAUUGCGUAGUACUACUGUUCUUUGGUUUGCUGUUUUGAGUGUGUAAGUGAGUCCCAAUGCAAAGUAUGUCAAAAUGCUCUAAGAACCUGGAUUGUGCACUCAAAACAGUCAAAUAAAUUAGUGUGGGACGCUGCACACAUCUCACACUUAAAGACCGCCAUUUUGGCUACGUAAAGGAAGUUGUAAGACGAGCAGUGAUUGAGGUUCCCUUGGAAACAAAGCCCUAUACAAAUAAGAGUAACAUAAAUAUUAUUUAUUUCACUAACAGACCCCUGGCCUAUACUGGUGCCAAAAGGGAUCCGCCGUGAUUUUGAUAGGGUUAAUU